AUGCACAAUCUUCAUGAAGUUGCGGACACAGCUAGCGGCGUCGGAUAUCACUGCAUCUACGAGCCUCAAUGGUCUGAAGAUCCCACCAUGUCACCUCCGUUAUCGGUAGAAUCACCCAAGAAAGCAUCUAAAUCUUCUGCUCCUACCAAGAAGCUGCCUCAGAAGAAACUCAAGCGGCCCUCCAAAGUGACAGACGACUUCAUCUCAGUGCUCGGAGCGGUCAUCUUGUACAUGUUUACCAACAGUGGGGAGGUCACGACUCUGAUCAGAUGGGCAGUUCCCCAGUGCCUCGCGCUGCCUCGUUCUCGUCUUCCUCUCAUCUGUAUGGGACCCGCCUUGAAGGAGUCGGAUACUCUGGCCUCGAUUCUCCGUAUCUCACUUGGACCAUCGAAAACAAUUCCGCUAUUGCCUUCAUCGGCUGGCCUGUCGCAAAAGGAGGUGUUGCAUCAUUGGACGAUCCUUGUGCUAGUUGUAGUCUCCUACGCGUGGGGCUUCUACAACGUCAUCUUGGUUUUCUCGAGGACCUGGACAUCCCUAUGCAGGAAAUCUGAAAACUCUGCACUUGUCAUUGAUUCUCAGAGCCGAGUCUCCAACGUUACUGGCUCAUUCCAUGAAUCGGAGAUUGCUCACUCCUCGUCCAUUGCCGACGUCGAAAUUCUUCUUGAAGCCGCCCUCGAAUCUAAAUCUUCCUUCAAACAUGUUAUUGACCCCGCGAUCGCCAAUGCCUUCGACCUUUCGCCCAACGCUCAGGCUCCCAUACAGGAGCCGACAGAUGUCGACGUCUCUCUCAACAUCUCCGGUGAAAAUACCCCGUGUGGCGAUGAGGCGUCGUCCGAGCAGCUAAGCGGGGAAGGCCAGGCAAAAGUCGUUGACGUCGAUGAAAGGCUUGUCAUCGAGGGUCUUGUCGAGUCCAAUUCCGAAAAGGAGGUUUCGGAGAUGGUUGUUCAGGUGCCGACCUCCCCGCCGAAGCUCAACCCCGAAGCUCCUCCGUUCGUUCCUCAGAUCAUGGACAUGCCCCCCCUUUCUGCGUCUGCAUCUGCUGAUGACAGCCUCGAUUCGGAGGUGGAUGACGCUCCUGAAACCUCCCCGGUCACGGCCAAGAGGAGCGUUCGUCGCUGCUGUAGUCGCUGUCCACGCUGGUACCAAUGUACAGAUCGCAAAUAG